UGGCAGUUGUCUAGCCAGAAGUAGGCUGCCUGCUCCCCCACACAGACACACACAGGUCGAAAAUGGUGCGAAUUUUGUUGCUAGCGGUAGCUGCUGUCGCCGCACUUAUCGGCGGCACUCAGGGAGCCAACAUUUUGGGACUCUUCACCAGCUUAAGUCCCUCCCAUUUGAUUAUACAAAUGUCGGCGGCCAAGGCGCUCGCCGAGAGCGGGCACAAUGUCACAGUGGUGACUGUACUGAAGUCAGCGGUCAGCCACAAGGAUAUCCGUGUGAUUGAGGUGCCACUGAGCGAGGAGGCGAGCCAAUACUUGAACGAUCUGUUUGCGGAAAUAUCCAAGUACAAUAACAGGAAUAUGCUCGUUUCCAUGUUCCGCAUGUUCGGACGGAUGGGAUUUAUGUUACAGAAAAUGGAAGAUGCACUGAAGGAUCCGCGAGUGCGAGAUCUCUACCUAAACAAGGACAACAGGUUUGAUCUGGUUCUCUCGGGCUUUUCCUUGAACGACUAUCAGAUGGGUUUUGCCCAGAAGGUGCAGGCCCCCCUGAUCGUUGUGGCCACCAUGCCGCCGGGCCUGUUGCUCAACUAUUUGAUUGGCAAUCCGGAAGAGCUGUCAUAUGUGCCCGGUAUGAAUGAUUCGGUGGAAAAGGGAAAGGGCAUGACCUUUAAGCAGCGCCUCAGUGGAUACGUGAUGGGCCUCGGCUAUAAGGUAUUUUCAAAAUUGAUUGAGAGGCGCAGCAAAAAGUCUUACAAAGAGCUUUUUGGCGAUGAUCCCAACAUGCCCGAGUACUCAGAGAUGAUGAAGAACACCUCCCUCGUGUUCUUCGCCUCCCACGCAUUGAGCGAGGGACCCGUUCGGCCCAAUGUUCCCGGUGUGAUCGAGAUUGGUGGCAUUCAGAUCAAGGAUACGCCCGCUCCACUCCCCGCGAACAUGGAGGAGUUCCUGGGCAAUGCCACGGACGGGGCAAUCCUCCUCAGUCUGGGCUCCAAUGUGCAGGGCAAGCAUCUCAGCCCAGAGACCGUCCAAAAGAUGUUCAAUGUCCUCUCCAAGCUGAAGCAGAGGGUCAUCUGGAAGUGGGAGGACCUGGACAAGACCCCCGGCAAGUCGGACAACAUCCUCUACUCCAAGUGGCUGCCACAGGACGACAUCCUGGCCCAUCCCAAGAUCAAGCUGUUCAUCAAUCACGCGGGAAAGGGCGGCCUCACCGAGGCCCAGUACCACGGCAAGCCCAUGCUCUCCCUUCCCGUCUUUGGGGACCAGCCCGCCAAUGCCGAUGGGAUGGUCAAGAAGGGCUUUGGCCUCACGCUCAAUCUCCUGACCCUCGAGGAGCAGCCGUUCCGCGAGGGCAUCGAGGAGAUCCUCUCGAACCCCAAGUACUUCCAGACGGUGUCCACCUUCUCCCAGCUCUACCGCGAUCGUCCACUCACCGCCCGGGAAACGGUCAUCUACUGGUCCGAGUACGUUAUCCGCCACCAUGGCGCCGCCCAUCUGCAGAGUCCCCUGAUGCACAUGAGUUUCAUAGCAGCCAACAACCUGGAUAUCUACGCUCUGCUGGCCAUCAUUGCAGUCGUUUUCCUGCUGCUCACGAAGGCUGUCAUUAAGUUCAUCUGCAGGAAGUUCUCCUCGAAGCCCAAGAAGGUCAAGAAGCAGUAAAAUGUGAGGCACAGAAACAGAAACUACCGCCAAACUCCUAGUAGAAUUACUCCAUCAGUACCUUGAGUGUCGUUAUACUAGUAAAUUUAAGUACGAAUAAGUAAAUAAAUU